AUGCGGAGACGGCGGACUUUCAUCCGAGGCCUUCGUUUGGACUGCUUGCCUCGUGGGUUCCAUGGCCCUUUGCCAGUGGUGACAGUGGACCAGCUUGGCCAUGGAAAGCCCGUUACACUACUUUUGCAGCAAGGCUUGCCACCCACCGACCCGAGCAUGCUGUCGGUUGGGAUGCAAAGGAACCUGCAGAGGUACAAGGGCAUGGCAUCCCAGUCUGAAGACCAAGGCCGCCCUCGUGUGGCCUGUGCAGAACUGGACCGUGACCCCACGAAUGCUUACGGUCCUCGGUUCGAGUUGGGCAGGACCAGCAGCCUCCGGACUGGCGGCCCGGCUCUUUUUCUAUUGAGCCUGGAAGACCUGCAACAGUCCUGGGAUAAACAAGAGCUGCACCGAAUGCUAUCCAUCCCGGAGAGGUUCUUGCUCAUGGGCCACCCGGCAGAGACAGCAACAGUUUUUGCCAGUAGGGCAGUUGCAAAGAGAGCCUCCGGCAACGGCAUGCACACGUUGGUGAUGGCAUGUCUCCUGGCUCCGAUGCUUCUGCUGGCAGAUCGGGCCGGGGUGACUUCAGAAGGCCGGCCGCCUCCAGCAGCCAGUCCAAAGCAGUUGUGGGACAUGGCAUUUGAGGACCUAAGAGCCACAGGAAGCAAAAUUUCCGUAGUCCCAGAUCCACAGCCACAGCUGCCAACCGAAAUGUGCGUAGAGCCACAGCUGCCACCGGAGAGCUCAUCCAUAGUCCGAGAAAAGCAGCAGCAGCUGCCACUGGAGCUGCCACCGGAGAGCUCAUCCGAGCAGCAGCAACUGCCACUGGAGCUGCCACCAGAGAGCUCAUCCAUAGUCCGAGAAGAGCAGCAGCAGCUGCCACUGGAGCUGCCACCGGAGUCAUCCAUAGUCCGAGAAGAGCAGCAGCAGCUGCCACUGGAGCUGCCACCGGAGAGCUCAUCCAUAGUCCCAGAUCCACAGCCACAGCUGCCAAGCGAAGGCGUCUCCGGGGAAAGACAGGCAAAUAGCAAAGAAGGCAAGCCGUGGGCGGAUGCAGGAGUGUCGCCGGAGAGCUCAUCCAUAGCAGCCUUGAGCUUUUCAUGGCAGAGUGCAGAAGCACAGCUGUUUUCGAUACAGGCGGAUGGCAUGCUUCAUGAUGGUGCACUUCCUCCAGUCGCCAGACCCCUCUGGCCUGGUGCCCUGGCCCCUUCUGUGCAAGUCAGCGAGACCAGCCAUGGAUGGGAGUGCGGCGGCACGGAGCGGAUCUUGAACAAGCAGAUCGCUCAGGCGAAGAGUUUGGCUCAGAAGAAAGCCAAAGAGGGUGAGCUCAAUGCUCACGACGAGGAUCUGCUGAACAAGUGCCAGACUGCUGCGGACUUGAAGAAGCAGCUGGGGAAGAUGACGAAGGAGGAGCAGUACGAGUGGUACAGGAGUGAAAAGAAGUCCCACCGCCAGGACGGUGGUGGUGGCGGUGUGUCUAAGAAGAGAACAUUUGCCACCGCCGUCGGGGUUGUCGAAGACACUCGGCGGGCUUCCAUGAGAAACAGCGAGCAGGAUAGGUGGUGGCUUGAGAAAGACUGGGUCGCCAGAGAGAUGACCUUGGGCUUCGUGAAGAACUACGAGGAUGGGCGGACGAAGCUCUUGAAAAGGUGUCAGGAUGAUGACACCGAGAGCAAUCAGUUGAGAGGCGUCUGGAUGCUGAAGGAGUUUGGUGGCUUGCUGGGCGAGCUCGCACAGGAGCACAGCGUAGCAGGAACUCUUCGCCAGCGAAUGGACGUCACAGACCAGAGCGAGCUGGCUGUCUGCCAAGAGCAGACAGCACAGAGGCUCAAAAAGGCCGGUGAAAGGCUGGCAACCGAAAAGGCCAUGCUCGACCAAGGCAUGGAAAACGCCUCGGUGCCGGGACUGCAUGUCGCCCGAGACCUCAAUCAGCUCAAGCAGGAAGAGGCUCUGCGAGAUCAAAGGUGGAUGGAAACGGUGCUGGAGAAGCAACAAGCCGACAAGGAAAGGCUUGAGAAUAAGGACAAGAAGAAACCCGCUCGGGCAGUGCUCUUCCUGCAGAUCAAGAAUGCCCAUGCCCGGGAGGAGACCAUGCUUGCCUCCGCACACGGCAAGCAGCAGGAAGCCUUCACCGGCCUGAGAGAAGAGACUCAGGCAAUGAUGGCAGAGGAAGACGAAGGAACAAAGAAAGAGUUCCAGUCAACAAUGGAUGCACUCGAAGAGGACUUGAGCAAACUUCUUCAAUCCAUCCCUGAGCUCGCAGCAAAGCGGAAAAUCAAGGAGGAGGAGAUGGCAACGACGGAGGACGAUGACGACCUGCUCAACUACCUGAAGGAGGCCACGGAGGCGUGCAAGAAGGGUCCUGGGGAGUGGCCACAGCUGAAGGCGGUGAAGGACAGGAUGAAGGCCUUCCGAACUUUGGUCAACGAUGCCAAAAAGGCUUUGGCCAAAAAGGACUCGCUGGCCAAGAAGAAGGCAAAGAACAAGGCCCUCGCCGCUGCCACAUCUGCGAACGGCACCUCGUCGCAAGCCGCAGCUGACAUCGCAAUCAGCCCGGAGAUGCUGGACUGUGUCUGCUGGAUGCGAAAGGAGCUGUUGAAGCCAAAAUGGUCGAAGUUUCAGCGAGGCAGCAACGGGGUGUGGUUCAAUCUGCAGGAGGAUAUGCUGGAUCAGAUUCCGGGCAAGGGCCCAGUGCAGAUCCCUGCCGAGCAAAUCACAGGCCUGCUCAAGAGUGUUCACGAUCUGGUUUACUACCAGUCCCAGAAGCAGUGGUUAGGAGAGAAGAUGAAGACAGAUGGCAGAGGUGUAACCACUGCGGUGACCGGACGAGAGGCAGUUGCGAAGCAAGUUCUCGGCUUCAUCGGCAAGAGCCUGCCGGUGGCAGUCGCUGACCGCCUUUCGCUUCCGGGGGAUGAAGAGCUGCUGGACCUGUGGAGGCCCAUGUUCUGCCAGUGCAUGGGCGGCCGUGUGGACACCAGCACAGCCUUCAGCCUGCCAGAGCUGACGGUGCAUCUCGAGGGGACAAGCGUUUUCUUCGCCGGCUUCCGUGCCAGCGAGGAAACACAGCUCGGGGACUUCAAAGCCCUCACGUCGCAAGAGUUCCUUGACCGCUGCGAGUGGUUUGCAAACUUGUCCGCCGGCCAGGGCAUCGUCCUGCCGCCAGGGAUGGUGUACAUCAUGAUCAACACGGAGUACGACGUCGAGAAGGAUGGCAGCCCCGAAAGCAUUCCAGCCCACAUGCUGAAGUUGUUCGUAAUGACGGCGAGCUCCUGCAAAUGGGCAUCGACAAGCCUUGCAAAGGUGGUCGCCCGCGCCCCCGAGCUGGGUGCCAAAAGAACAGGUAAACUUCUGAACCACUUCCUCAGCGUGCUGGACUAA